AAAAGUGAAGUUUAAUUAGUUUGAUCCCCGGGAGCUAGUUGGACGGUUGGACCGUCAAUCAAUCAAUUGGAGCUGUUAUUUGGGAAAUUUGUCCCAUAAAUAACCACUCUGUGGAUUGUUAAUUUGGUCAUUCAGAGUCAGUUUUGCUUUCCUCUUCUCAACGUCACUCACAAAACAACUAUCCAUAGAAAGAAAGCCAGAAAUCGUUCAAUAAUUGUCAUGUCUUUAUAUUGUUCAAGCUCAGGAACAAUAAUCCGACGUACCAUCGUGGGAAAAGGAAGAAGAAACUGCGGCUUCACUCACGUAGAAGCAUCGAGCUCCUCCUUCUCCUUCCAUUAUAAAUUUCCUCAUAACUUGUCGAGGCACAUUGGGUUUGUAUCGAAAUUCGACCAGACUUGUUCUUCUUCUUCCGUGAUGGAGGAGGGCAGCAAAAACCUGGGUUUUGUGUCCGAAGCAGAGGAAUAUUCUAAGGAAUUGGAUGUUGCGGUCAGAGCGGUUCAGAUGGCUUGCUCCCUCUGCUCGAAAGUGCAGGAAAAUUUGAUUGUUAAGUCCAAGAGUGACAGUCAGGUCCAUUCCAAGGACGACAAUUCUCCAGUCACUAUUGCAGAUUGGAGUGUCCAAGCAGUUGUCAGCUGGAUAUUGUCAGAGUGCUUAGGAAGUAAAAAUAUCUCAAUUCUUGCCGAAGAAGAUGUUGAAACUCUCUCCAAGACUAGUUCUUCUGGGCUGCUGGAAGCUGUGGUUAAGACUGUGAAUGAAUGUCUAGCUGAGGCGCCUCAAUUUGGAGUUGAAGCCCCAAAAUCAGCUCUUGGUGCUUCUGAGGUUCUUGAAAUCAUCAGCCGCUGCAACUCGGUUGGUGGUCCUACUGGAAGAUUUUGGGCGCUCGAUCCUGUUGACGGCACACUGGGGUUUGUACGUGGAGAUCAAUAUGCCAUAGCUCUUGCACUCAUAGAGGAUGGAGAAGUAAUGCUUGGAGUUCUUGGGUGUCCUAACUACCCAAUGAGAAAGGAAUGGUUAACCUAUUCUCAUCGCUAUCAUCGGAUUAUAUCCAAGCUGACUCCUCCAACAUCUGAAACAUGGGACAAAGGUUGUGUUCUAUAUGCUAGAAGGGGAAGCGGCGGGGCUUGGAUGCAACCACUGGUCCAGUUUAAUAAGAAGUUUGUAUGGCCAAAUUAUGCAAAACAAGUGUCAGUUUCUUCCAUUGACAAUCCUUCGUUGGCAACUUUUUGUGAACCUGUUGAGAAGGCAAAUUCAAGCCACUCUUUCACUGAAGGACUGGCCCAUAGUGUUGGUCUCAGGAAGCAGCCAUUGAGAGUGUACAGCAUGGUGAAAUAUGCAGCGAUAGCUCGUGGGGAUGCCGAGGUUUUCAUGAAGUUUCCAAGGUCUGGCUAUAAGGAGAAGAUAUGGGAUCACGCAGCUGGUGUUGUCAUCAUCCAAGAGGCAGGUGGCGUGGUGACAGAUGCCAGAGGCCGACCGCUAGACUUCUCAAAAGGUGCAUUUUUAGAAGGUCUUGAUCGGGGAAUAGUUGCUUGUGCUGGAGCCUCACUGCAUGAAAAGAUCAUAGAUGCUGUUGAUGCUAGCUGGGGUUCCUCUUGCCUUUGAGGCUGUUAUUAUAAGUCUAAUGUACGCAUACAGAGAACGUACUAAGAUUAUUUUAGCUUUCCUUUUUCCUUCUUAAGCUUUUGCAGCAUCAGAUAAAAUCAGCCUGGUUUCACUUGUUAGCGUUGUUGCUGGUGUCAGUUUGUGAAUGAAUCUGCAGUUUCUGUGGGUUGGCAUGAUAUGAAUAAUAAUGAAGUUACUGUAAAUUUAUAAUUCCA